AAGGAGUUGCUGCAACAGCAAAUGCUACAGUGACUGCUGCGCAUCCAGUAGCUGGAGAGGUGUGGGGAAGUACGCCCUCAAUAUUUCCUCUUCUUUAUUUCAUUUGGUAUGUUCUUUGGAAACAGGAAAGAAUCGGAGGCUGAAGCAGGCAAAAGAAGAAGCCCAGGCAGAGAUUGAGCAGUACCGCCUGCAGAGGGAGAAGGAGUUCAAAGCUAAGGAAGCAGCGGCACUUGGAUCUCAUGGCAGCUGCACCACUGAAGUUGAGAAAGAGACUCAGGAGAAGAUGAGUGUGAUCCAGCAGAACUUCCAGAAGAACCGUGAGGUGGUCCUCUCCCAGCUGUUGUCGCUAGUUUGUGACAUCAAACCUGAAAUCCAUGUGAAUUACCGCAUCAAUGGGUAGUAGUGGAAGAAGGAAUGGGCAUACUGGAAAUGCUGGUAGUAAUGUCUGAGCUUCAAGUGGAAUGUACAGCUCUUAGCCAUACCUUCACUGUUCUGUGUUAAAUUAUUUCAUUGAGUUGUAGGUCAUCAAUAUCUUGUUGGAGUUCUGUUAGUUUCUCUCCUGACACAGAUUCAGAGCUUAUUCAAACAUUAAAUGGCCAUGUCUCAAAUCUGUGUUAAGUUAUUAAAUAUAUAUUCAAGUUGGCACAUUAAUGCUCCCUUUUUAUCUGGAUAGUAUUCAGUGAGAGGCUUUCAUCUGAGA